UAAGUAAAAGCCACAUUUAUAUAAAACAAUAUUGGCCGAGUCAUAAAAAAACACCUCAAGUUGAAACGGUUAUAAGCCUUCCAUUUACCUGGCACGUGUUGGCAAUUUGAAUAAGCGAAAUUAGGAAUCAUUCAGACAGCUUGAUGAAGCUAAACGCCGUAUUUUUUUAAUUAACUCUGACACUUCAUUAUACACUCAAAAUAAUCCACACGUUGAUGCUACUUGAAAAAUCACGUAACCCCGAUUUUCCCCUCGCUACGCUCGUUUUACGUGACACAUGUAAAAAUAAUGUGAAAUUGUACUGGCAAAAAAAUGUUUUCACGUUGAUGUUACGUGAAAAACCUUAUAGUACUUUUCCACUAGGUUUUUUCAUGUAGCCUUUAUGUGUUUUGAAAUGUAACUUCAACGAGACUCGAAUGCGCCAUUCGGCCGAAAUUUCUACGUGAUUAUUUUAGUAUGAAAAUUGUUGGCGUACGGUGAAGACAUGCUGCCGGAUUGCGCUCACAUUUUUUUCAAGGAGGGCAGCAGACGGUUAGUAAAAUUGAGUUGAAAUAUUUUUAUUAGAAUUCAUUUUUUGUUUGUUUUGCAGAUCUCUAGAAGCCUCAUCUUAUUUCUCGGUGCUUUCAUUAGCGGUGACCUCAAGAAUCUCUCGAAAGCAAUCCCAGGCGCAAUCCCGGUCAUCAUCCUGACGUCGAUUUCGUCCGUCAAAAUGCCAAUCAUGGCUCGUGCCAAAGUGGUGCUUGACGCCACCGGAAAUGCUCAUGACAUGGCCAACGAGUCGUGAACCUUUGCCGGGAGUGCCCGGAGAAGUGCAAAUACGCCAGGUGCUUUGCGGCCACCCUCUCGUCGUCUCAAACAAAUUCGGUGUUCCAAGCGUUUGCUAGAACAAGCUGAUGGUGUGCGGCCACGUCAUAACUUCGAAACGGGUCCCCCCGCGGUCGGCAGAAUCUGGAAACUUUGACCGAAAUUCUUCGUGGUCGGCAAGCGUGACUGGGACGAGGAUUACCACCAGUGCGAAGUUGAUUAGCCGGAGCAGCUAUCUUUUGAGCCACUGGCCCCGCCGGAAGGAUCAUCCGUGACCAACUUCGAUUCGUCAAGCGGAAACCAAAAUGGUUGUUCAAAUUGACAUCACGAAAUUUUGAGUUUAAAUAAUUUAUGAAUGUAAGAAGAAUUCAAAUAAACAUUGAGUGUUGAAGUUAAACUGCAUUUUUGGUUCUUCUUUUUUUAAAAAAAACAGAAAAAUAAGCUGAAAUUAAUCCUUAUUAGUACUAGAAAAUUCAUAUAACAAUUACUAGAACGUUCAUGUAGAGUAUACCAGCUGAUACAUUUAGCAUUUACGUGUUAAGCACGUAGAAACGACGUGAAAGAAUCUGGCCAAGCAAAUUUCGUUUCUACUAGGGCCGCCUCGUAGAAGUUACGUGAAAACUGUAGUGGAAAAAUACCACAUAACUUUUCACGUAACUUCAACGUGUGCAUUUUUUUGAGUGUACCGUCUAUCAGUUGCCUCGCUCAUUCUAUACAAGUUAUGCUUUUAUCACUCAAUGGAUCCAUCCUCAAGCUCAGCCAUAUCUCACCCAAGAGAGCAAUCAGCUGUUUCUCGUUAUGGGAAUGUUCUCUCUCUUCUUUUCAUUGAGUGAAGGCAUUCAGUUGUCUGUCGCUCGCCUGUAUUCAACCUCGGCUCAGCUCAGUGAAAGGUGGUGCGUCGCGCAUGACUUAGGACCCGGUACAUCACGCUAGAGCCGCUCAGUCAUCGUUACAAGCUCGUCUUAAGCAAGUCGUCUCGAGGUCUCCCGCAAGACCCAAAACCGGUAACCAGCGUGACUGUGCAAAUAUUGGAUAUUCUUAACCGCACAGUUGACAUACCCCCCACCGCCGUUGAAGGUGUGGAUGAGCUAAACCCAUUUAUAGUUUCUUGAAGGAGGAAUAUUCCGUUGCAGUAGCCAACAGUAGUGAAAGAAGUGUUGACCUGUGCAGGUGUGUUCAGAGAGAGGUGUUCAACGGAGAAGACAGUGUUAUCAGCGUUGCUAAAUUAGACAAGACAAGAAUGAGUGAUGAAUGGAGUCUGCUGUCCAAGAUACCGGCAAUACUGGAAGAACAGCAUUUCGUGCGCGUGCCGGACCAUGAACCGGUCGUACGAUUCGAGUUCCCCGAGGAUUUAAAGAAACUGGUCGACUUCACACUGGACAGCGAUGAGCCACGCGACCAGGCUGGCGUCGAGCAGAUUAUCAAACAAGUGUUGCAAUACUCGGUCAGAACCGGACACGCCAACUUCCACAAUCAGCUUUUUGCCGGCGUUGAUCCGUACGGCCUAGCCGGCUCUUGGAUUACGGACGCCCUCAAUACCAGCCAAUACACAUUCGAAGUUGGACCCGCUUUCACGUUGAUCGAGGAUGCCCUCAUUGCCAAGUGUUUGCGGCUGUUUGGGUUCGUCGAAGGCGAUGGGAUCCUGUCCCCGGGUGGAUCCAUUUCAAACAUGUACGCCAUGGUGGCGGCAAGGUAUCGGGCUCUGCCGGGGGUGAAGCGGACCGGGCUGGCCAAUCAACCAACGCUGGUGGCGUUCACGUCGGAGGAUGCCCACUACAGCAUCAAAAAGGCAGUCCACUGGUUGGGCAUCGGCAUCGACAACCUGGUGCUCGUCCGAACCGACCCCGGAGGAUGCAUGAUUCCGGAGGAGCUGGAGAAAGCCAUCUGCACAGUUCUCGCCUCCGGCCGCAAACCUUUCUUCGUAAACUCAACGGCUGGCACCACCGUACUGGGCGCGUUUGAUCCGUUCGAACGAAUCGCCGCCAUUUGCGAGCGGCACAAUCUGUGGCUGCACGUGGACUCCUGUCUGGGCGGAAGUGCCAUCCUGUCGCGCAAGCACUCGCACCUGCUGGCCGGCGUUGAACGGGCCGACUCGCUGGCGUGGAACCCGCACAAAACGCUGGGGGCUCCGCUGCAGUGUUCGAUUUUCUUGCUGAAGCACAAGGGACUGCUGCACGAGUGUAAUUCCGCUAAUGCGGACUAUCUGUUCCAGCAGGACAAGUUUUACGACGUUUCGUACGACACGGGGGACAAGAGUGUGCAGUGUGGCCGGAAGGUGGAUGCGUUCAAAAUUUGGCUCAUGUUCAAAGCACGUGGAGAUCGUGGACUUGCGGAGCUGGUUGAGAACGCGUUUGACUGUGCGGAGUUCUUUACGCGGGAGGUUAGGAAGCGGGACGGGUUCAGGUUGGUGCUUGAGCAGAUCCAGUACACCAACGUUGGCUUCUGGUACGUUCCGAAGAAGCUGCGGGUGCCGGAGGAGCAGCAGGAUGACGCGUGGUGGGCGAAGAUUUACGAGGUAACGGCCAUUAUCAAGGAAAGACUGGUCAAACAGGGCAGCGUACUGAUUGGGUACGUUCCGAGACCACACAAGAAGAUUGGAAAUUUCUUCCGGAUGGUCGUAACGUGUCAUCCCAGGCCGACACACAGUUCAAUGAAAUUUGUAAUCGAUGAAAUUGAAAGGGUCGGUGAGAUGCUUUAAGUAAGGUUACGAGUUUUGUUAUUGUCAGGAAUAAACCAUAUUUAAAUAUU